AUGAAGAAACAAAGAAAAACUUACUCACAAUUUAAUCAGUUCGAGGACCCAAAGAAGCAGCAAAAAAAUUCUAAGGUCGCUGAAUGCUCCAUUUCAGUAACUAAACAGGAAAAAACCCACAUGAAAUUAAACCUUCAAAAUGCUUCUCUGGAUCAUCAAGAGAAAGACAUGACCUACCACAACAAAGGUUUACCAUCACCUCCAAAAAAGAUUACUGCUGAGAUCCUGGCAAACACUUGUAUUGUUCUGAUGUCUUCUGUGUUAAAAACAAUAGUUCUUAUUUCCUUAAUUUGCAAUGUUUCCUCAGCACAUAAUUGUAGAUGUCCAGAGGAAUGGUUUACAUAUUCCAACAGCUGUUAUUACAUUGGAAAGGAAACGAAAACUUGGGAGGAGAGUAUGAUGGCCUGUGUUUCUAUGAACUCCAGCCUGCUUUAUAUAGAUGAUGAAGAAGAAAUGAAAUUUCUGGCCUCACUGGUACCUGAAUCAUGGAUUGGAGUCUUCCGUAACAACAGUGAUCAUCCAUGGGUUUCAAAAAAUGGCUCAAUGUUCAAACUUAAGAUAACAGAAUAUUUUGCUCAAUACAACUGUGUAAAGAUACACUUACAUAAACUUGAGGGAGACAAAUGUGAAGCUUCACAAGCAUAUAGUUGUAAGCAUAAGUUUCAGAAUUCAAGCCCUGAGUGUGGAGUCUCUCAG